AUAUAUUUGACCUAGAUGGAGGCUUUGGCGAUUCCAGAAUAGAGGAAACACUAUGAACUGUUGAGAGGAAAGGCGAGAGAAGGAGAAGGCCGGCUCCUUGUCGACUGCCACCCGUCCCGCCUCCCCUGCUUCGCGGUUGCGCCGGGCUGCUGGGAAGCUAGUGGGCGGGGUCAACGGGCAGCCGUGGCGGCUGGGUAAUGGCAGCCCAGUGAGGAGGCUUCGGGGCGGCGAGAGAGAGAGCUAGAGAGAGACGGCGGAGUGGGGAGGGGCGGGGAGAAGACGCGGGCCCGGGCCUCUCCUGUUGCCAGAUUUUAAUACUAACACCCCACAAUGUCCUUGAAACCACGAGUAGUUGAUUUUGAUGAAACAUGGAGCAAGCUUCUUACAACAAUUAAAGCUGUUGUGAUGUUGGAUUAUGUAGAAAGAGCAACAUGGAAUGACCGCUUCUCUGACAUUUAUGCUUUAUGUGUGGCUUAUCCUGAACCUCUGGGGGAGAGACUUUAUAUGGAAACUAAGAAUUUUUUGGAAAAUCAUGUACGCCUUUUGCACAAGAGAGUUUUGGACUCUGAAGAACAAAUACUGGUAAUGUAUCAUAGAUACUGGGAGGAAUACAGUCGAGGGGCAGACUAUAUGGACUGUUUAUACAGAUACCUCAAUACCCAGUUUAUUAAAAAGAACAAAUUGACUGAAGCUGAUCUCCAGUAUGGUUAUGGUGGUGUUGAUAUGAGUGAACCACUGAUGGAGAUUGGAGAGCUAGCACUUGAUAUGUGGAGGAGAUUAAUGAUUGAGCCCUUACAGGCCAUCCUCAUUCGAAUGCUCCUCCGUGAAAUCAAAAAAGCUCAUCAGCAAUACAAGCUUCAGCCACUUCUGUCAGUCAGCUUUGUUUCAGGUGAUCGUUGUGGAGAAGAUCCAAAUCAGAAAGUAAUCCAUGGGGUUAUUAACUCCUUUGUUCAUGUUGAACAGUAUAAGAAAAAAUUUCCCCUAAAGUUUUAUCAGGAAAUAUUUGAGUGUCCUUUUCUGAAUGAAACUGGGGAGUAUUAUAAACAAGAAGCUUCAAAUCUAAUGCAAGAAUCAAACUGCUCACAGUAUAUGGAAAAGGUUUUAAGUAGAUUAAAAGAUGAAGAAAUGAGAUGUCGAAAAUACUUGCACCCCAGUUCCUAUGGCAAAGUAAUUAAUGAAUGCCAACAACGAAUGGUAGCAGAACACUUACAGUUCCUUCACGCAGAAUGCCAUAGCAUCAUUCGACAAGAAAAACGAAAUGAUAUGGCAAAUAUGUACACAUUGCUUCAUGCCGUGCCAAGUGGUUUACCUCAUAUGAUUCAGGAACUACAAAACCAUAUCCAUGAUGAGGGCCUUAGAGCAACCAGCAAUCUUUCUCAGGAAAAUAUGCCCACACAGUUUGUGGAAUCAGUGUUGGAAGUCCACGGUAAAUUUGUUCAGCUCAUCAACACAGUUUUGAAUGGAGAUCAGCGUUUCAUGAGUGCCCUUGACAAGGCUUUGACAUCAGUAGUGAACUAUAGGGAACCAAAGUCUAUCUGCAAAGCUCCUGAGCUGCUGGCCAAGUAUUGUGACAACCUGCUGAAAAAAUCAGCAAAAGGCAUGACGGAAAAUGAAGUAGAAGACAAACUUACUAGUUUCAUUACAGUUUUCAAGUACAUUGAUGAUAAAGAUGUUUUCCAAAAGUUCUACGCCAGAAUGCUGGCAAAACGGCUUAUACAUGGUUUAUCCAUGUCCAUGGACUCUGAAGAAGCUAUGAUUAACAAACUGAAGCAAGCCUGUGGUUAUGAGUUUACAAGCAAGUUGCAUCGAAUGUAUACCGACAUGAGUGUGAGUGCAGACCUUAACAACAAGUUCAACAACUUCAUCAAAAAUCAAGACACUGUCGUAGAUUUGGGAAUUAGUUUUCAGAUAUAUGUUCUUCAGGCUGGUGCAUGGCCUUUGACUCAGGCGCCUUCAUCUACAUUUGCAAUUCCUCAGGAACUGGAAAAAAGUGUACAGAUGUUUGAAUUAUUUUACAGUCAACAUUUCAGCGGGAGGAAGCUUACCUGGUUACAUUAUCUUUGUACAGGUGAAGUCAAAAUGAAUUAUUUGUGCAAACCAUAUGUAGCCAUGGUGACAACCUACCAAAUGGCAGUGCUGCUCGCCUUCAACAAUAGUGAAACAGUCAGUUACAAAGAUCUUCAAGACAGCACUCAGAUGAAUGAGAAGGAACUGACAAAAACGAUCAAGUCCUUACUUGAUGUCAAAAUGAUCAACCAUGACUCAGAGAAGGAGGACAUAGAGGCAGAAUCUACUUUUUCAUUAAAUAUGAACUUCAGCAGUAAACGAACAAAAUUUAAAAUCACUACAUCAAUGCAGAAAGAUACACCACAGGAGAUGGAGCAAACCAGAAGUGCUGUAGAUGAAGAUAGGAAAAUGUACCUUCAAGCUGCUAUAGUCCGUAUCAUGAAAGCACGAAAACUGUUGCGGCACAAUGCUCUUAUUCAGGAGGUCAUUAGCCAAUCAAGAGCUAGGUUUAAUCCAAGUAUCAGCAUGAUUAAGAAGUGUAUUGAAGUUCUGAUUGACAAACAGUACAUUGAACGGAGCCAGGCCUCAGCGGAUGAGUACAGCUAUGUAGCAUGAAGUUAAUAUCCUGCAGAUCUGGUUGUACGGAGAUCAUUGCUGUCACUGCUUGGUGUGUCCUGUGGGGGGAAAAAAGCAGGCCUGUUGUGCCUCCAUAAUUGGUCACUUGGCAGCCCCUGUUUUUUCUGCUGUUUACAACAUCACCAGUGCCACGUCAUGAGCGUCAAUGAAAAACAAGCCUAUAGAUAUCCCAAGCCCAUGUCAUGACAUUUCUUGAAACUUUACUAAAAGAGAGAGUGAAUGAAGUCUUGCUGACAUGUGGAAAUUUUGGUUGGAUGCCAUGCUUCCCCCUUCACUCCCUCCAUCCUCCCAGCCCCCCACGUUUGCAGUUGAUGUUUUUUAAUGUAUCUUAAAAGACAAAUGUUAAAACAGACUAAAUAUUGUAAUAUGGCAGAUAACAUAAUAAUUGUAUCUACAUUAAAAUGUAAAAAGAUGAUGAUACCGCUGCUUGUCAAAUAAAUAAAUGAAAUGGAA